AUAAACAAUACUGAUUACGACAUACAUAUUUUCUUAUUUAAACACAAAGGGUCAUACAAUUUGUACUAUUUGCAAGUUGUAACCUACUUUCCUUAUUUUUAUAUUUUCGUUCCAUAAACGCGUAAAAUUUAACUAAGCAAUUCAAAAUAAAAUAAUAAUGUUCAAAAACAUAGAAAUUGAAACGCCGAACUCACAAAGUUCAUUUUCUUUCCUUGCACCACGUUAUAAGGACUUUAAUAAUGACGUAACUUUUAGUGAAGGAGACUCAUUUUUUGAUACUGCAAUAAGGUUGACAAGGUCCGCAACCAGGGGACAGCCCCUUUUUACACCGUCAAGGAAUGUUCCAUUCACUCCAAUAUUAAAUGGAAUUAACGGGAAAGAUAAUUAUGCCAAAUUUAUAAUUGAGAAGCUUACUACUAAGAGUCCAUUGAAACAACCAAAAAAAAUAAAAUUUCUUGAUAAUCUCGACGUAAAAGCCGGUGCUAAUAAAGAAAAUGGGCCACCAGUUGUAAAAAUUGUAAAAGAAGCUGUAAACACGGCUAAUAUCAAACCUGCUAAGCAAGUAAAAAAUUAUCCUGGUUGUAAAUCUCAAGGGAUUCGGAAACGGCAACCUAUCAAAAAACCUGGCACAGUUUUGACAAUUCCUAAACCUUUCAGAUUUCACAAGAGGAAGCGCUCUAAUGUGAUAAAUAGGAAUUCCCCAAAAUCACCAUUUAUUUCAUUGGCAGAGCGUAUACAACAAUUUUUGGAAAAAACUCCAGACAGAUUCAAAUCAAAGCUUGUGACAAUGAGGUCUACGUCGAAUUAUGUUAAUCUUCCUACAAAAGCGAGGUCUCCAUUCUUGCGCACUAAAUUAAGGGCUGGAAGGAUCAAGAUGACGAACAAGGAAAAUAAAAUUAAUAAUGAUAAGGUGCAAUCAAAACCGGUUGAUUCAUGUGAUAUCAAAUCCGGGUGCGUCAAGAAAACUAAGCCGAAAAUCACAAUACCGGUAUCUCCACAUAUAACAAAACCAAAACCACCUCAGCAAAAACCUCCAUCACCACCUCGUAUUAUUAAAGCAAAUCCAGUACCUCAGCUUAAGGAACCUUUCAAGCCUAUUGUAGCACAUCGAAAAAUAGAUCCUACCAAAUAUUCACUUCCGGGAGAAAAAAUUUCACAACGUAAAGCAGAAAUAAGAGAAGAAAAAUUAAAGAAGGAGGCACAAGAGCAAGAAAAGGCGCGUAAAUUUAAGGCUCAACCACUUCCUACUGGUUCACCUGAUAGUUUGCCCCCUGUUCAUCCGUUACCUACUACUGUAACUAAACCAUUUAAACUAAGGACUAAUAUAAGAGGAGAGAAAUAUCAACAGUACUUCCACGAAAAAAUUACUGAAUUAAAUAAACAAAAAAAGGAAGACUUAUCGUUUCGUGCAAAACCAACACCUAAGUUGUUACCUUAUCGUCCAAAAAAAUCGGCUAAACCUUUAACAGAAUUUGUUGGAUUUAAUCUCCAUACUGAUGCACGCCUUGAAAAACGCAAGGCAUAUGAUGAACAGAGAAACUUACGUGAACAAGAAGAAAAUAUACUAAAAGAACGAAAGCAAAUAGAAGAGGAGGAACGUAAUAAACAACAAAUUCGUCAAUUGAGAACCGAGUUAGUACACCAUGCUCAACCAAUCAAAAGGUAUGCGCCCGUUAAAAUAGAAUUUGCAAACAGAAAAAUAACCAAACCCGUUUCACCACUGAUUGGGGAGAAAAGGCGUAAAAAAUUACAAGCAUUAAAUGAAUCCAAUAUUCGUAAUGCGAUAUCGGAGAACGUUUCAACAGCAAAAAUAGUUCCCCAAUCCAAAAAUAAUAAGAAAUUACUAGAAAAGAAUGCAAAGGAAAAUAGUAACUAGUGGAUGGUUGAAUUCACUCCUAUUUAUACAUGAAAACACUACGCAAUAAUUUACUUCUUUCUUUAGCAGCUUUUUUAAAAUAAAAAAAGAAUUAGUUACAGUAAUCUAAUAAUUAAAUUAUUAUCAAACAAGAUUUUAUCUUUAACUUUUUUUCUUGUUACUCCAAGAUGCUUGAG